AUGUAUGCAAAAUCAGAGCAGAUGCACAAUCCAAGUCGUCAUGUCGGGCCAGUUCCUAAUCGUCGAUUUAUUGAUCGUAAUAGAGCAUUAGGUCAUCAACGUAUAUAUAGGGAUUAUUUUGGCGACAAUCCUACAUAUCCCGAUUAUAUUUUUCGUAGAAGAUUUCGUAUGCGAAGAAAUUUGUUCUCGCGAAUUGUAGAAGCCUUCGAGUCCCACGACUCAUACUUUGUGCAAAGGUUUAAUGUUGUUGGAGUCCCAGGACUAUCAACACUUCAAAAGAUAACUGCUGCAAUGAGAAUUAUCGCAUACGGAGUAUUCGUUGAUGUCGUAGAUGAUUACAUUCGUAUUGCUAAAAGCACAGCCAUCGAAAGUGUUAGAAAAUUUGUGAUAGCAAUUGUUCAUAUAUUUGGUGAGCAGUACUUAAGAAGUCCAAAUGACGCUGACAUUCAAAGGUUAAUGGAGGUGGCUGAACAGAGGAGAUUUUCGAGAAUGUUAGGUAGCAUAGAUUGUAUGCAUUGGAGGUGGAAGAACUGUCCAACCGCGUGGCAUGGGGCUUUUUUAUGUCGUUAUCAUGAGCCAACUAUCAUUCUUGAAGCUAUAGCUUCACAUGAUCUUUGGAUAUGGCACGCUUACUUUGGAUUACCAGGGUCACUGAAUGAUAUAAAUCUUUUGGAUCGUUCUAAUUUAUUUUCUGAAUGGGCAGAAGGACGAGCACCCAAAACAAUUUCUGCUCCCCAAGGGAAUAAAAGAAAGCAUUUUGCUCAAAUGCAAGAGUCGGCCAGAAAAGACGUUGAACGAGAUUUCGGAGUGCUUCAAGCCAGAUUUGUUAUAGUGCGUGGACCAGCUCGUUUUUGGGAUAUUGAGACACUUAAACACAUCAUGUUAGCAUGUAUAGUGAUGCAUAAUAUGAUUAUUGAAGAUGAAAGGGAUCUACAAAAUCUAGAUUAUGAUUAUGAGACAUUUGACGAAGCACUUUCUAUUCAAAUAUCACAUGAAAACACAAGUACAACUCAAGAAUUUAUGCAGUUUCACCAUCGAAUUAGAGAUAAAAGUGCUCAUAUUCAGCUUCAAAAUGACCUUGUGGAGCAUUUAUGGGAAAAAUUUGGUGGGUAG